UAUAAAAUUGAGUAUACGUAUAAAACGAUAAACAAACAAGAAAAAUAAAAAUACGGCGUGGAAAGAUUAUUUGACUGACAAGAUUUAAAAAAAAAAAAUAAAAAUCUUUGAUAUCGUAACUAAAAAACAUUGAAUUGCUUAUGAAUAGUUCUACCCCAAGGAAGCAAAGUGUCCAACUUUAAAAAAAAGUUAAUUAUAUCAUGCAUUGGUACAUCUUAAAGAGACAAGCAAUGCCAUUUUUACUGAAUAAAUCAAAUAAUAAUACUUCAGUCAAGAGGUUACUGAAUGUAUCUAUGAGACAUGCUCAUAACAAUAAAGAUGGACAGGAUCCUCAUGGAUUUGAAAAAUCAAGUAUUACCCAAGUGGCAAACUAUUGGCAGGAACGUUUUGAAAAUGAAGGAGUCACGGAGUCCAAGGAAUCCAUUGAACAUAUUAUCUUUCACAUUUUAGGUACAAGAAAGAUCAAAAACUUAGCAAGUUUAAAUGAGAAAAGAUUAAACCCAGAUCAGUUGCAAAAAUUGGAUCUUUUGUGCAACUGUAGAUUAUCACGAAUGCCCAUUCAAUAUAUUAUUGGUGAAUGGGACUUCAGAGAUAUAACGUUGAAGCUGGAACCUCCAAUUUUCAUUCCUCGACCAGAAACUGAAGUUCUUGUUGAUUAUUCAUUAAAAAGCAUAAAUAAUUUAAAAAACAAAAGUUGCAGUAUAUUAGAAAUUGGCUGUGGCUCUGGUGCAAUCAGUCUCUCACUUUUGAAAUCAAACAAUGAUUUAACCGUUACAGCAAUUGAUAUCAACCCUCAUGCUUGCGAUUUAACAAUGCAAAAUGCAAAAAAUUUGAAACUCGAUCUUCGUUUAAGCUUGUUCAAUGCAAAAAUGAACGAAGAUGGCACCAUUAAUAUUUUAAAAAACGACUUCUCAAAUCAGGAUUUCAAUUUUAUGGAAAAAAAGUUUGACUUCAUCAUAAGUAAUCCUCCUUACAUUCCAACAAAGAAAAUAUUCAAACUUCAACCAGAGAUAACAUUGUACGAGGACAUAGUAGCCUUAGAUGGUGGAAAAGAUGGUCUACAAUUGAUCAAAGCCAUCAUAAAAUUUGCUUCUCAAGCUCUCUAUAAAGGUGGUUAUCUUAUUUUGGAAGUUGACAGCACACAUCCGAGUGAAAUAUCAUCUUUUAUAGAACAAAUUUAUUCGGAUGAACUUAAAGUUAAAGAAGUUUAUAAAGACUUUUGUAAAAAUGAUCGAUUCGUAGAAAUAGUUAAAAUUAAAUAA